CGUACGCACGAACAUUCAGAUUCAGGUCUCAAGACACACGGCAUUAUUGCCGUGAGUGCAGUAUUUUUUUUUUUUUUUUUAUCAUUAUUAUUGUUGCGUACGUUAAGUGUUCGAAGUACGGACGAUAUUCGUAUACUAUUUUUAGCCGGAGACGAAAAUUAAUUUCCGGUAAACCACGCAAGCGUUUCGUAUCAGCGUUGGUCGCACCGUCUCGUGUCUACCACACGGCACACGCACACUCACGUAACGCAAUACACACACACACACACACCGAGUCGUCGCUAAUCGGCAAUCGCUAUCACUCAUUCACUCGAACGCGAAACUGCGAAAGUUAAAUUGUUAAUAAUAUUAUUUACUUACGACCACGGUCCACGGCACGUCCGUAGGCCGUUCGCAUACGUAUCGUCAUCGUCCUCAUCGUCGUCAUCGUGUGCGAUAAGUCGCGCGCGCCGUUGCUGCCCGUCGUCCCGGUCAGUUCCGGAAUCGGUGCGUCCGGUGCCCGCGCCCGUUUGUCAAUCGUUAGAUGGCGAUAAACUUUUAUGGGAAACACAAAAUGGCCGGUGUCAACGAGUGUUUCUCCAUCGGUAGCGUCGUCAUGUGCACCAACUGCUUCGACGAGGAGAUCGAGGGCGAGGUUCUCGGGUUCGAGCCUACCACGAAAAUGCUUAUAUUGAAAUGUCCAUCAACUAAUAAUAACCCAAUGUUAAACAACAUCAACAUAGUGAACUUAGCGUUUGCCAAAGAUGUACAAGUCAAAAAGGAGUCCAGUUUCAAUCCACCACCUUUGCCUUCGUUAAAUUUAAAUAGAUUAAAUAAUAGGAUAAAAACUCAAAUACAAGAUAAGAAACGUCAAAUAUCAGCUAUGUCUGCCAAUGUUUCUCCCGAGGCACAAAAAUUGUAUUUGACUAUAACUAAAACAAUUCCAGAAGUAACUUGGCAAGGGCAGAAUAUUGUUGUAUAUGAUCAUGUGAUAAUUAGCCCACCCUACAAGGCUGAUAAUGUCAAAGGCACUGGAAACCAAGAGGACAAAGCUAUUUUGUACAUAAAGAAUAUUGUGGAAAAAUUUGUUAAAGAUACAGCUUCUCAACAAGUUUCAUCCACACCAACAACCCAUCGGAGCAAGCCAACUGCUGCUGCGGCGGUCACGCCACAGCCACAAUGAAGUUAUGCUGUAAUUAAGGAAGUUGAAAUAAAAUUAUAAUAAUUUAUUAAAUCAAGUAUAACUAAAGAGAGGAACCCAAGUAGAUAUAUUUAUUUUACAUUUAUCAGCAAAACUCAUCUAAUUUCUAUUGUGGAUAACUUUUUUUUUCUGUCUUAAAUAUAAAUCAAUAUUUGAUUUCAAAUUAAACUAAAACCUUAACUCUUGGAUUCUGAAAACUCUUACAACUUGGAAAUACAUUAUUCUUUUUUAUUUUAUAUUUUUUUAUUUAAAAUGUAUUAUUUCAUGCAAAAAAAUAUGUUUUCAACUAAAAAUAAAAGAAUUGAGUCAUCUA